CUCAAUUGCACACAUAUGCACAUGCAACUAGCAUCCAAUAUAAAUACUUCUCCACAUUUUUCCUCCCUCUCUUCCUUUUCUCUCUCCCGAGGAAAAAAAAAAAAUCUUUCCCUUAAAAUUCUCACUCUCUCUUGUGUUUUAUCACAGAUAUUCUCUUGAACUUGGCUUUCACAAAAUUCUGAAUCCUCGUAAGCUUGAAAUAUGUGAUUUUUUGUGUGGCUUAAGUGUUUAUAAUCACUGUAUGUGAGGAAUAUAAGUAUUGAAGGUUGGAUUAGGAACAUGAAUCUUGGUGGUGGUCAAACUGCAAAAGCCAUGUCUGCUCCCAGCUCUAGUGCUUCAUUGAAGUCCGGUGAUGUGGUUUCCGACCAGUUUCCGGCGGGCCUGCGGGUUCUGGUUGUUGAUGAUGAUCCCACUUGUCUCAGGAUCUUGGAAAAGAUGCUCAGAAACUGCCUCUACGAAGUCACCAAGUGUAAUAGAGCUGAGAUUGCAUUGAAGCUGCUAAGGGAUAACAGAAAUGGGUAUGAUAUAGUAAUAAGCGAUGUUCACAUGCCAGAUAUGGAUGGUUUUAAGCUGCUCGAGCAAGUUGGUCUCGAGAUGGACUUGCCUGUUAUCAUGAUGUCAGCGGACGACAGUAAAAAUGUUGUGAUGAAAGGUGUUACUCAUGGUGCAUGUGAUUAUCUGAUCAAACCAGUCCGCAUUGAGGCAUUGAAGAACAUAUGGCAGCAUGUGGUUCGCAAACGGAAGCACGAGUGGAAGGACAAGGAUUUUGAACAAUCAGGAAGUGCAGAAGAAGGAGAAAGACUGGUGAAACCACUUGAGGAUGUUGAUUACUCAUCAUCAGCAACGGAAGGAAACUGGAAAACCUCAAAGAGAAGAAAGGACGAGGAAGAUGAACCUGAGGAAAAGGAUGAUACAUCUUCAUUGAAAAAACCACGUGUUGUUUGGUCAGUUGAGCUACACCAACAAUUCGUAGCUGCUGUUAAUCAACUUGGAAUUGAUAAGGCCGUUCCAAAGAAAAUCUUGGAAUUGAUGAAUGUCCCUGGAUUGACAAGAGAAAAUGUUGCAAGCCACCUUCAAAAAUAUCGGCUCUAUUUAAGAAGGUUGAGUGGUGUAUCAUCACACCAGAAUGGACUCAAUAGUUCUUUUAUGGGACCUCCUGAAGCAACUUUCGCUUCCAUGUCCUCACUUGGUGGGCUUGAUCUUCAAGCUCUUGCUGCCACUGGUCAUAUUCCGGCACAGAGUCUUGCUUCGCUCCAAGCACUUGGUAGGCCUACCACAAAAAAUUCCAUAUCAAUGCCUAUGGUUGACCAACGGAACCUCUUUAGCUUCGAAACACCAAAAUUAAGAUUUGGAGAUGGGCAGCAGCAAUUGAACAAUAAUAGCAAGCAAAUAAAUUUACUUCAUGGAAUCCCGACAAACAUGGAGCCGAAACAACUAGCAAGUUUGAACCAAUCUGCCCAAACAUUUGGUGGCCUUAAUAUGCAAGUGAAUCCCCAGGCAAGCCAAAGUAGCUCUUUACUAGUACAGAUGUCUCACCCGAUGUCCAGGACACAGAUGUUGAAUGAAAAUAAAGGUAAUCAUGUUCCUAGGCUUCAAUCAUCAAUAGGUCAACCUAUUUUGUCAAAUGGCAUGCAUAGUGGAGUCCUAUCACGAAAUGGUAUUGUUGACAAUGUUCGUGGAGCAGUUUACAACCCAGUGUCCCAAGCAUCAUCAUUGGUGGAUUUUUCCAUUAACAAAAGUGCAGAAUUGCCCGGUAAUAGUUUUGCUCAGGCAAGUAACUCUGGAAUUUCCUCUCUAACAUCAAAGGGAAUCAUUCAAGAAGAGGUCAGUUCAGAAGUAAAAGGAUCGAGAGGCUUUAUUCAUAGUUAUGAUAUAUUCAAUGAAUUGCAACAACAUAAAGCCCAGGAUUGGGGUAUGCAAAAUGUUGGGUCAACCUUUGAUGCCUCCCAACAUUCAGCUUUACAAGGAAGCCUAGAUAUCUCGCCAUCAAGCUUUGUUCAACAAGGCUUCUCUUCUAGCCAGAAAGAUAGAAAUGUGUCUAUUGGGGAUGCAAUCUUCUCAGUUGGGGAAGGUGCACAUUGUAACAAUUCAAAAUUUGGGCAACAAUUCAAUUCAUUUGUAGCUGACAAUACUCUAAGGGUUAAGGCUGAAAGGCUUCCAGAUUCUGGUUGCCAAAAUAACCUCUUCCCUCAACAGUUUGGCCAGGAGGACCUCAUGAGUGCUCUUCUUAAACAACAAGAAGGCAUUGGAUCAGUGGAAAGUGAAUUUGGAUUUGAUGGUUAUCCUUUGGAUAAUCUCCCAGUAUGAUGCCUCAUCUCUAGUGUAGAUGGUUUAAAGAUUGUGGUUAAUGGUGUAUAUAGUUGUUGUUAGAGGUAAGUGAUCUCCAUUCGGCUAGGAGAUUCAGCUCCUAGUUCACUCAAAAGGAAAACAUCUUGGUUUUGACUACUUGGCGUGAAUAGGUUUUAAGGGUUGUUUUUGAGGUUAAGCCGGAAGAAUGUAGUCAGAUGAAUCAGCCGGGGUAAGGUGAAGAAAUGUGUUGACACUGCUGCAUGAUGUGCAAAGGCAUGCAUGCAAAAUUUUGACUGGCUUUAGGUAGGUGAUUGUAGCUAGAAUUAGGCACUUGCUUUGGUAUUUUUCAUUCUGGUUGCAAGUCUUUUUGGUUUGGGGAUAAUUUCCUCGUAUUUUUAUCAAACUUGAGCCCUUUCAUAAUUCGAAUAAGGAAUUUUUUUUCGCUUUUUCCUUUUGGAAUCAA